AUGAGAAUGAAUAUCAGAUUCUGGACAUUUGCGAAUUCUUUCUUAUGUAUUGCUUCAAUAGGAUAAGUUAAGGGGAGUAGUGUGGCAAAUACAUGUAUUAACCUGCACCCAGUCGUUUUACAACUCUUUUGGAUUUUUGAAUUGCACAAUUAUCAAAUAUAAGCACAAAUCUUCUCUUCACAUAAUGCCACUUUAAUAGUCUUAGUUCUUCAAAUAAACGAUAGCAAAGAUUUAGAGAAAUAUUGCUUACAAAAUAAAUUGUCGAUGAAUGACCUUUGGAAAUUGUCAGACAAAAAUGGCUAACAAAUGUUCUCCCUACAUUGAA